AAAAAAAAUGGCCAAAGGUUCUAGAUUGUUGGACUUGCUCCGACCAGCCAUGGCAAUUUUGCCAGAAGUUGCAAAGCCAUCCAAGACUGUUAAAUUCCAAGAAAAGGUCUUGUGGACUGCUGUUGCUCUCUUUAUUUAUUUAGUCUGUUGCCAAAUUCCAGUAUAUGGAAUUCGUAAUGCUUCAUCAAGCGAUCCAUUGUAUUGGAUGAGAGUUAUUUUGGCUUCUAACAGAGGUACUUUGAUGGAACUCGGUAUUUCACCAGUCAUCACUGCUGGUUUGAUUAUUCAAUUGCUCAGUGGUGCUAGAUUAAUUGAUGUCGAUGAAAAUAGUCAAGAAGAUCAAAUUUUGCUUAACGGUGCUCAAAAGUUCUUCGGUCUCAUCAUGACCAUUGUUGAAGCUGUUGCUUAUGUUGCUUCAGGAAUGUACGGUGAUGUCAGAGAUCUUGGUUUGGUUACUGCUUUGUUGAUUGUCUUGCAAUUGUUCGUUGCUGGUAUUGUCUGUUUGCUCCUCGAUGAAUUGUUGCAAAAGGGUUAUGGUUUGGGAAGUGGUAUUUCCUUGUUCAUUGCUACUAACAUUUGUGAAACUAUUAUUUGGAAGUCAUUCUCACCAUCCACCAUUAACACUGGUAGAGGUACUGAAUUUGAAGGUGCUAUCAUUGCUCUUUUCCACAUGUUGAUUACUCGUAGUGAUAAGGUUAGAGCUUUGAAGGAAGCUUUCUAUCGUCCAAAUCUUCCAAAUAUUACCAACUUGUUGGCUACCAUCUUGGUCUUCUUGAUUGUCAUUUACUUCCAAGGAUUCCGUGUUGAAUUGCCAUUGAGAUCCUCCAGACAAUCCGGUAGUGCUGGUGCUUAUCCAAUUCGUUUGUUCUACACUAGUAACAUGCCUAUCAUUUUGCAAACUGCUUUGGUUUCUCAAAUGUUCUUGUUCUCUCAAGUAUUAUACAAGAGAUUUGGAGACAAUAUUCUUAUAGCCUUGUUGGGUAGAUGGGAAACUCCACAAUAUGGUCAAUCUGUUCCAGUUGGUGGUUUGAUCUAUUACAUUUCUCCUCCAGGUAACUUGAAUGAAAUGUUGGUCGAUCCAAUUCACGCCAUCUUGUACAUUGCUUUCAUGCUUGGUUCAUGUGCUUUGUUCUCUAGAAUUUGGAUUAACGUUUCUGGUUCUUCUCCAAAGGAUGUUGCCAGACAACUUAAGGAACAAGGUUUGAACAUUGCUGGUCACAGAGACGAUCCUAAGGAAAUGAUUAACACUUUGAACAAGUACAUUCCAACUGCUGCUGCUGUCGGUGGUAUGUGUAUUGGUGCUCUCACUGUCAUUGCUGACUUCUUGGGUGCUAUUGGUUCUGGUACUGGUAUUCUCUUGGCUGUUGGUAUCAUUUAUCAAUACUUUGAAAUGUUCGCUAAGCAACAAGAUGAAUUGGAUAUUCCUUUCUUGAGUGGACAAUAAUUUAAUUUGUAAACAUAUAAAAAAUUUAAUAAUUAUUU